CUUAGAGUUUUUUUGUUUCUGUCCUACCUUGAGAGACGUUCUUUGCUAAUACUGAAUCUUCUUGUUCCAGGUUUAAUGGUCCUUUACUGGGCCUUUAGCACACGGAAGAAUAGGCACCGAGUUGCCAUGAAACCUAACUUGAAGCAAUGGAAACAACUCAUGCUGUUUGGAAUAUUUGCGUGGGGUCUGCUGUUCCUGGUUAUCUUCAUCUAUUUCACAGAUAGCAACACGGCCGAAGCAGUUCCAAGCUCCUUCUCCUACACUGAGACUAAAAGGCUUUUGCCCAUUCAAGGCAAGCAGAGAGCUAUCAUGGGAGCAAUGCAUGACCUGUCCUUCUCUGAUACAGCUGGUGAGAACGAGCUGCUUCUCGGCAAAGAUAUCUCGGGUUCACUUAAAUCGGGGACUGGGAGCAUUAAAAAAUGGGCUGACCUAGACGGUGGCUUUGAAAGUGAAGAGGAAUUUUUCCCUCCCCAAUUAGGAAGAAAAUCAAAAAGUGCUUUCUAUCAAAGGUCUGGUGAUUAUUUAUUUGCUGCUGGUCAGCUUCAGUCACAGAGCAGUAUUCAGAGAAUAGGGAGAUUAGUCUCAGCAGAGGGGGCGGAUCAGAAGAGCAAUGCCUUGCAGGAUAAUUGGCUCCCUCAAAAGAAGAAAAAGAAAAUACAUGCAAGACACAGGAGAGGCCAGAUGUUUGAAGCGUCUAAUGAAUGGGAUGGAGUAUAUUCCACAAUGUCGAAAUAUUUCCUCUACAGGCUUUGGAAAGGGAACGUCUCCUCUAAGAUGCUUCUCCCUCGCCUACAGAAAGCAAGGAAAGGUUACCUGGAUACUAAUAAGCAUAAGGUGCACUUCAAAGGGAAGCGAAACCUCAAGUUGACUUCAGAGCAGCUCCUCUGUGAGCUCAAGGCACGUGUGGAUGUCAGGACCAUCGAUGGCAAAGAAGCUCCCUUUUCUUUCAUCAGAUGGGACAGGCGGGUCCCCAAAGUUCCUCUGAGCGAGCUGUACCCACGUGGGUUUGGUAGCUGUGCUGUCGUCAUGUCCGCUGGUUCCAUACUGAACUCUUCUCUAGGGGAUGAAAUAGACUCCCAUGAUGCCGUCUUGCGAUUCAACUCUGCUCCAACAAGCGGAUAUGAAAAAGAUGUCGGAAAUAAAACAACCAUGCGCAUCAUUAAUUCUCAAGCUAUACGGCUGGGAUAG